ACGCACACGCCCACCGCCAUCGUCCUGGGAUGGGACAGCCGGGAUGCCGAUUGGUCACUUACCUCCCUUCUUUUUUCUCUUUCGCUCGUCGCCUGGACCCAUCCGGUUCCCUCCACACUGACUCCGAGACAUCUCUCCAAGCCACCCUCCCGCAGACUGUCUCGAGAAUGGACGGGUCUCACCAUCUGCUCAUCCUCAUCCUGGUCUUCAUCUCCCUGGUGCUAGUCAGUCCGGGGGAGCCAAAGGAACGUGGCAAGGGGGCGAAGGGUAAGAGGAAGGGGGCUUCCAGGCCCAAGGCCCUGUCCCCCGAAGCUCACAGACCAUCGCUCGACCUGGUCCAGAGGGUGAACCUGUCAGGGGAGAGGGCAUACGCCCUGGUGGAAGACUACGAGAGGAGCAUUCAGGAGAUGGUGACGCAGCUGAGGAACAGCUCCGAGCUCGCCAGGAGCAAAUGUGAAGUCAACUUGCAACUGUGGCUGUCCAACAAGCGGAGCCUGUCCCCUUGGGCCUACAGCAUAAACCACGACUCCGGGCGCAUCCCCGCCGACCUUCCCGAGGCCCGCUGCCUGUGCCACGGCUGCAUCAACCCCUUCACCCGGCAGGAAGACCGCACCAUGGUGAGCGUCCCCAUCUACAGCAAGAUUCCCGUCCGGCGUCGGCUCUGCCAGGUCCCCCGGGGGGCGGGGGCGGCCCCGACACAGGCCCAGGCCCAGCGGAAGCGGCCCCGCCACUGCCGCAGGGAACUCCAGACCGUCAUGGAGACCAUCGCCGUGGGCUGCACCUGCAUCUUCUGAGAGGACCCCGAGCCGCCGUCCGCCCCCCUACCCCACCCCACACCCCCGUCCGUCCGCUCCGCUGAGACCCCCUGGCUGCGAUGGAGGCGGGCUGGCCUGGGAGAGGGCCAGGCUCGGGGCUGGACGGAAGCGGGGGAACGGUCGCUCUCGGCAUCAGCCCGACGGGGGAUAUACCGUGGGAGCGGCCAGGGGCUUAGUGGCCCGAACUCCUCUCCAACAGGCCGCACGCAAGUCCCUCGGGGUGGACACUUAGAUCGGGAGGGUGAGGGUGUCCGCUUGUCCCUGCUCCUCAGACCCUCUCCCCGCUAGAGACCCCGGAGAGGCCUGGGAGCACCAAGGGCUCAUUUGUGGCUUGAGUUUGGAUCCCUUGUAGGGCAGGUUUAGGAUUCCAUACAGUCCAGCAGCACCUAAAGUUUAUCCCCAAACCCAGACAAGCCCACCGAGCUCCCCCGUCCUGGGAAUGGUUUGGCUAGCCCUCCGGGCCCCCCGAGAAGCAGAGAAGCUGCUCAUUUCCCCCAUCCAGGCUGGCGAAAUUGGGGUAGGCCGGUGGCAGGUCUGGGGAGAUACCAGGGCCGAGGGGGAGCCGGUGGGGAGGGCCCAGCUGCGUGUCUUGCCAUCUCCUCACGGAGCCGGACUGAACAGCAGCCGCAAGGGAGGGCCCUCAUGACCGGUUUGGGGACGGAGCGGGGCUCGGGAAGAUCCCGCGGCGGCAGCCGCUGGCAGGGGAGAGGGAAGUACUCACAGGCCUCCAGAAGAGAGAGAAGACUGCACCUUGUUGGGAGGGAAAUCCGGGAGAAAGGGAAGGGAGAGACUGAGAAGCCUGGAAAAAUGAGGCCCCCGGGUUCAGUCACUGUCCUUCAUCCUGGCCAAGCCACCUGUGAGAGCCACAAACGUGCUGAGGACAAGCAGCCCGGCACCCUCCCCUUUCUGAGCUGGGAGGCUGCUUUGGCCAAUAAAAAAACCCAGGAACCCAGGGUCACUGGGGCCAUAAUUAAGAAUCAAGGAAGAGGGUCCAACACGCACAGGCAGACACUGGAGGCCCGUCUCGUGGCCCCUAAAGCUGAUUCCUCAGGGCAAGACCCCGGGGCGGAGUGAUGGCUCCCGCCCACGGGCUGCUGGGGAAAAAACUCCUUCAUUUCAGUGUCUGCUGCUGUUGGGCGGGCCAGUUUGCAGAGCCCUUGGCGGGUAGCAUUGGCAGCCGGCAGGAGGUAUCCGCUCGCUGGCUUUAGCCUCGCCCCGCAGAGGGGUUGGCGGGCGACCGAGGAGUUGGCAGAUGAAACCCCGAGGGGCCAGGGCUUCUUCAAGGCUCCGCUCGGGCAUCUCCCAGAAUACUCCCCUCCGUGGGAAAGGCCGCCGGAGCCCGCGGGGUCCCAGGUAGGGUCGACGUCAUCACCGCCUCAGACCCCAUCACAACAGCAGCAAAGAGCCCCUGGGCCCCAACUUCUCCCCAUAAGCCUCCCCUAACUAAAUGCCCCAGAGGCGACAGUCCCCACACACGUCCAAGCUCGGGCCUACCCCGGCCCACGUCCUAAUCAUUCAGCACCCAGAACCCACCUCCCCUAGCUAAAUAAUAUUAGGCCCCAGUAUUUUUUCGGAUUGUUCUCUGGCCAAGGCCAGAGCCUCCCAAGCUCUGACUCCCUCUCCCGAAACUCCAAACUCCGGCACAAGGCUGAAAUUUAGGCAGCCGGACAUCCUUCUCCUUCCCUUAACUAAGCCUCAGCUGCAGGCUAGACCACGCAGGGCCCAGGGCCACCAUCCCCUCCCCUUGCCUGUGGACUCACCUGAUACAUCAGCGGGAGCCGAUCCCCACUCG